AUGAUGGGACUGGGAAACGGGCGCCGGAGCAUGAAGUCGCCGCCCCUCGUGCUGGCCGCCCUGGUGGCCUGCAUCAUUGUCCUGGGCUUCAACUACUGGAUCGCCAGCUCCCGGAGCGUGGAUCUCCAGACCCGGAUCCUGGAGCUGGAGGGCAGGGUCCGCAGGGCGGCGGCCGAGAGGGGCGCGGUGGAGCUGAAGAAGAACGAGUUCCAGGGAGAGCUGGAAAAGCAGCGGGAGCAGCUCGACCGCAUCCAGUCCAGCCACGACUCGCAGCUGGAGAGCGUCAACAAGAUCUACCAGGACGAAAAGGCCGUUUUGGUGAAUAAUAUCACCACAGGUGAGAGGCUCAUCAGAAGCCUGCAAGACCAGUUGAAGGCCCUGCAGAAGAACUACGGCAGGCUGCAGCAGGAUGUGCUCCAGUUCCAGAGGAACCAGACCAACCUGGAGCGGAAGUUCUCCUACGACCUGAGCCAGUGCAUCAGUCAGAUGAAAGAGCUGAAGGAGCAGUGUGAGGAGCAAAUAGAAGAAGUCACUAAAAAGGGAAAUGAAGCUGUUGCUUCCAGAGACCUGAGUGAAAAAAAGGACCAAAGCCAGCAGCUCCGAGCCCCCAGUGAGCCUCAGCCCAGGCCACAGGAAGCGGACCUGCCCCAGGCAGAGGUGCCUCAAGUGAAAGGAAACAUGCCCAGCAAUGGUGAGCCCCACACACCAGCCCCCAGUUCUGAGGCAGCUUUGGCUUUGAAGAGACAAGGUGAGAAAAAGGAAACCAAUGAGAUUCAGGUCGCCAGUGAGGAGCUUCCGAGGGACAGCCUGGGGCUGCCCCAGGAGCCACGCCGAGAGCAGGCUGUGGAGGAAGACAGACCCGUGGGUGGAAGAGGCAUUGGAGAAGCUAAAGCAGUCGGCCAAACGCCACAGGUGCCAGGAGUGAUGCUGGCAAGCCAAGAAAAUCAGGACACGGAGGACCUGGAGCGGGACCAGCUUGUCAUCCCCGAUGGGCAGGAAGAGGAGCAGGGUACUGAUGAGGAAGGAAGACACCAGCAAAAGCUGGGAGGAGAGGAGGACUACAACAUGGAUGAAAAUGAGGCAGAAUCGGAAACAGAUAAGCAGGCAGCCCUUGCAGGAAACGACAGAAACCUGAACGUUCUUAAUGCUGAAAAUCAGAAAGGAGACAUAAAUUUACUUGAUCAGCGUGAAAAGAGGAAUCACACACUCUGAAUCAACUGGAAUUACAUACUUCAUGUCAGGAAUGAACAGAGAUCACUACAAAGUAUUUAUGAGGGGUUGAAUACUGUGAAAUGUACUAAGUAAAAUAUACAUCUAAAGAUGAUUAUUGUGGAGUUUUAACAUGUACUUUAUGUAGGAAAAUGAUUGUGUUGUAGAUGGUUUUUUAGAAGUAUUUAUACUAAGGUGUCAGAAUUUGUCAGGUAUGAGAAGAUCAACAUCAAAAACAGAACCCAAGUUCUCCAAGUAUGGUGACAGUGGCACUUAAAAAAUUCUGGAAUGUAACUUUGUUUAAAAAAAAAUCAAAGCCUGUAGAAGAGUCUGUCUUCUGACACCAAGAGACCCACCGCACCUGAAAAUUCUUCUCUGGUCCCUCUGGUGUCCCGCUUCACACGCUGUGCUGAGUGGCUGGUACCAGCCCGAUAUUUGUUCUCACAGGUCAGUGCCCAACGAUUCCUGGCUUAUACUCUCAUGUGCUCACUUCUGGUUCCGACAGUCAGUGGCCUGGAGUACAAAACUGUUAACACAAACAUCACUAGCAAC